AUGCAGGCGCUGCGCGUGUGGCUGGGCUUGGCGCUGCUGGUGUCGAGUCCGCUGGAGAUUGGUCCCCGCUGGUCGUCGUACUCGCGCAUUGUUGUGUUUGGUGACUCGCUCGUGGACAAUGGCAACGGCACCUACCUGCUGUCGAACAAGACGUGGCCGGCCGACCGCGCCUUUUACGACGGGCGCUUCAGCAACGGGCCGACGUGGGUGGAACAGCUGGCGGGCAAGCUGCAUGUGUCGGUCGUCGAUGACCUCGCGUACGGCGGCGCGACGACGAACAACAGCGUGGCGCAGGGGUACUCGGGCUACCACUCGGACAUUGCGGUGCCGGACGUGAGGCACCAGGUGUCGAUGUACCUCGAGCGCAUGCACGGCCACCUGGACCCCGAGGCUAUUUACAUUGUGAGUGGCGGCUCGAACGACGUGUUCUUUGGCUCGCAGAAAACCCUCGACAUUCUGGGCCUCGCCGAGAAGGGCGUGCAGACGCUGCAGCGCGAGGCCGAGCGCCUUGUAGCGCAUGGCGCGCGCCUCAUUGCGCUCCCCCUGCUCAUGGACGCAAAUAAGACGCCGUCCGAGACGCAGUACGACAACUUGAUCGAUGGGAUCGGCAGCUCUGUGUUUACGACCCACUUCAACACGAAGCUACGCGAGUCGGCGCGCGCGCUGCGUCGUCACGUGGACGUCAAGGUGCUGGAUCUGCACGGGAUCGAGCGCUACCUGUUGGCACACGCCCAGCAGUACGGUCUCGAGAACACUCGCGACGCCUGCUUGCAGGGCACGACCGAGCCUGAGGUGCGCGCUGGCGUGAAGCGGCACGUGUGUGCGACGCCCGACUCGCACUUUUUCUGGGACAUUUACCAUCCCACGGCGCGCGCCCAUGAGCUGAUCGCCGACUUCGUGGCACCCCAGUUUUGA